AGGAAAACGGAGAAGAACCAUAACUCGAGUGGCACGUACUCUGCUCUUUCAGACAACAAUCAGCAACGACAAUACACUUCUCAUUUCACCACCUCCACCUAAUUCCCCUCUUAAAUUCAAGCUCCCCCGUUAACUGAAUUUGUCCCAAUUGAUAGCUAGCACCAUGAUUGGAAAUGGUGUUGUGGGAAUUCUAUCAGAGACAACAAACAAAUGGGAACGAAGAGCUCCCUUAACUCCAUCUCACUGUGCUCGUCUUUUGCAUGCCGGGGGAACUGAGAAUUCCGGUGUCACGCGUAUAAUCCUUCAACCCUCCACCAAACGUAUUCAUCAUAACGCUCUGUAUGAAGAUGUUGGUUGUGAGAUUUCAGAGAAUCUCUCUGAAUGUGGUCUUAUUUUGGGAAUCAAACAACCAAAGCUGGAGAUGAUUCUUCCGAAUAAGGCGUAUGCGUUCUUCUCGCAUACUCAUAAGGCGCAGAAGGAGAACAUGCCUUUGUUAGAUAAAAUUUUGGCUGAGAAGGCGUCGUUGUUCGAUUAUGAGCUUAUUGUUGGGGAUCAUGGCAAGAGAUUGCUUGCAUUUGGGAAAUUUGCGGGUAGAGCUGGUCUAAUCGAUUUUUUACACGGUUUAGGAAAGCGUUAUCUAAGUUUGGGAUAUUCAACACCUUUCCUCUCACUUGGAGCAUCUUAUAUGUAUCCUUCUCUGGCUGCUGCUAAGGCAGCAGUGAUUUCUCUGAGCGAAGAGAUAGCCACGCAAGGGUUGCCGUCCGGGAUAUGCCCACUAGUUUUCGUAUUCACUGGAGAUGGCAAUGUGUCUCAGGGCGCACAAGAGAUAUUCAAGUUACUUCCUCAUACAUUUGUGGAUCCUAGCAGACUUUCCGAGCUCUCUCCAGUGGGUGGUGAUCUUGCAAAAAAUAGUACAUCAAAGAGAGUCUAUCAAGUAUAUGGAUGUGUGGUGACUUGUCAAGACAUGGUUGAACCCAAGGAUCCCACCAGAAAUUUUGAUAAAGCGGACUAUUACGCACAUGCCGAACAUUACAACCCCAUUUUCCAUGAAAAGAUAGCUCCAUAUGCUUCUGUGAUUGUUAAUUGUAUGUAUUGGGAGAAAAGAUUCCCGCGAUUGCUAAGUAUUAAGCAGCUUCAAGAUCUCACGAAAAAUGGAUGCCCGUUAGUUGGAGUGGCUGACAUAACUUGUGACAUUGGAGGCUCCAUAGAAUUUGUCAACCAAACCACACAAAUAGAGACACCUUUCUUCAGGUACGAUCCGCUUUCUGAUUCAUAUCACGACGACAUGGAAGGAAAAGGUGUCAUAUGUCUAGCCGUCGACAUUCUUCCAACAGAGUUUGCAAAAGAGGCAUCUAAGCAUUUUGGAGAUAUUUUAUCACAAUUUGUUGGCAACUUGGCAUCCACUAAAAACCUUUCAGAACUGCCUUCUCCAUUGAAAAGAGCUUGCAUAGCUUAUGGAGGAGCUCUUACUUCUUUAUAUGAAUAUAUCCCUCGUAUGCGGAAAUCUGAUCUAGAUGAUUCUUCAGAAAAUAUAGCAAAUGGCAACCUGAUAAAGAAGAAACACAACAUACGGGUAUCAUUAAGUGGUCAUUUGUUUGAUAAAUUCUUGAUAAACGAGGCGCUCUAUAUAAUUGAAGCUGCAGGUGGUUCUUUUCACCUAGCUAAGUGUGACGUAGGUCAGAGUUCAUUCGCCAUGUCAUUCUCUGAACUUGAAGUUGGUGCAGAUGAUAGAACAGUUCUAGACCAAAUUAUGGAUUCCUUAAAUUCUCUUGCUAGUGCAAAUGAGGAUUCAGGAGAUUUCGAUAAAAAUGAGAAUAAGUUCUCUAUGAAGUUUGGUAAGGUCAGUGAGAGUGUUGCAGAAAAGGGAGAAGACCUGGCAGAUAGACCUGCAGUUUUAAUUUUGGGUGCAGGACGUGUCUGCCGACCAGCUGCCGAGUUCUUAGCUGCAGCUGGAAGCAUUUUAUCUAGCCAAUCGAAAGAUGUUCAGGUUAUUCUGGGGAAUGAUGAUACAGACGAACCGAAAGAUGUUCAAGUUAUUCUGGCAUCCCUCUACCUAAAAGAUGCACAAGAGACAAUUGAAGGCAUUAAGAAUGCAACAGCGGUUCAGCUUGAUAUAACGAACCAGGAAAGCCUCUGCAAGUAUAUCUCACAGGUCGACGUUGUUAUUAGCUUACUACCACCUAGUUGCCACAUCACCAUCGCCAAUGCAUGUAUCAAGCUCAAAAAGAACCUUGUAACUGCUAGCUACGUCGACGAUUCCAUGUCCAAGUUAAAUGAAGAGGCUAGGAAUUCUGGUAUUACAAUUCUUGGAGAAAUGGGAUUGGAUCCAGGCAUUGACCAUAUGAUGGCAAUGAAAAUGAUCAACCAAGCACAUGCAAGAAAGGGGAUAAUAAAGUCGUUUACAUCCUACUGCGGAGGACUUCCAUCUCCAGAGGCCGCAAACAAUCCAUUGGGAUAUAAAUUCAGUUGGAAUCCUGCAGGAGCUAUUAAAGCCGGGAGGAAUCCAGCCACGUACAAGUAUUGUGGAGAAAUUGUGCACGUUGAUGGGGAUAAACUGUAUGAAUCAGCAACCAGGUUCAGGAUACCUGAUCUUCCAGCUUUCGCUUUGGAGUGUCUUCCAAACCGUAACUCCUUGGUCUAUGGGGAUUUUUACGGAAUAGGCGAAGAAGCUACAACCAUCUUCAGGGGAACCUUGCGCUAUGAAGGAUUUGGAGAAAUAAUGGCGUGUCUAGCAAAAAUUGGUUUUUUCAACACUGAACCUCAUCCUGCGCUGAAAGAAAGAAAAAAAGUUACAUUUAGUACCUUCCUAGAUGAACUCCUAAAAGUUAACAGUGAAAAUACAGUGGAAAAGGUGCGAGACGAAAUUGAAAGGCUUAUUGCACUUGGGGCUUGCAAGGAAAGAGCUUGUGCAGUAAAAACUGUAAAGACCAUCAGGUUUUUGGGACUCCAUGAACAAACUGAAAUCCCUGUUUCCUGCCAGAGUGCAUUUGACAUAACCUGCCUGCGUAUGGAGGAGAGAUUAGCCUAUGUUGAUGCAGAGCAGGACAUGGUGCUUUUGCAUCAUGAAGUGGAAAUAGAAUUUCCAGAUGGCCGACCAACAGAAAAGCAUCAAGCCUCUCUGCUGGAAUUUGGAAGGAUUAAGAAUGGGAAGACUACAACAGCCAUGGCUGUCACUGUUGGAAUUCCCGCAGCCAUUGGAGCCCUGCUAUUACUACAGAACAAGAUCAAGACAAAAGGUGUCCUACGACCUCUCGAACCUGAAGUCUACAUGCCAGCGCUGGACAUCUUAGAGGCUUACGGUUUUAAAUUGUCAGAGAAGAUGGAAUAAACUAAGCAUAAUUCUGCAGUAACAAAAGUCUCUCUCAGGCGCUCGACUCCAAGGAUUGUACACAAUAGAUAACAAUAAACAACCAUGUUCUGUAUAUAAUCUGUAUAAAGUGUCAAAAUAAUGUAAAACUACAGCUUCUGUUCCAUAUAAAUCUAUCUAAAUUUCAGAACAUCAAGAACAUUUUGAGUGGUCAUAAUUCAAUUCAGGGAAAUCGAUAUCACAAAACAAUGGGAGCGAAGAAUAAAAAGUUUUUAGUUUUUGAGUA